UACGCGAUUGGCUGAGCUAACCGGAAGUCCAUGACCACUAUACACAGUCUUGCACGCGCGUUUGUUACAAAGUGUUGUUCUCUUGGAUAUUGUGUUUUAAAACAAACUACAAGAGGUGGAUAAGUACACAUUUUAAGGGAAAUUUAGGUGUCACAUUAAACUAAUGUUGUGGAGGGCUCCUCUGUGGUGAUUUACUGUGAAUGAAGCUCAAAUGGAUACUGAGUGGACAAAAGAAAACCUCCAGAAGCUUCUGGCAGCUAUGAAAACAAACAUGUCGGAGCCUGAACGGACGAGACCAUUCUACGAAGUCGUGAAGACGCUAGACUGGGAGAAGGUGGCGUUUCGUCCAUUUUCACCCCAAGAUUGUCAAGAAAAGUGGAAAAUUGUGUCGCAAAAGACACGUAAAUUCCGAACCCUCACAGAGCUUGUUGAUGAAGCUGCAGAUGAUCUUUCCAAUCCAACUAUUAAGUUAGAGCCAGACCCCCCAAAGAGACCCGGUCCUCCAAACUGCAUCUUUUACAAAGAGAACAUGGAUAAGUACCAUGAACAGAACCCAGGACUCGGUCGCCAGAAGCUCUUUUCACUAAUAGUAAACAAGUACAAGACUCUGACGGAUGAAGAGAAGGCUCCAUAUGUGGAGAAAUACCAUCGUGCGCUUGAAGAAUACAAUAAAAAGAUUGAAGAAUUAAGGAAAGCGUCUAUUCCUAAAAAUAGCAAGACUCCAGUUGGCCAGCAGGGGGUGCAAGAGCAGAAGAAGCGCAAUUUCACAGCCCGAAAAGGGAAACAAGGUCAUUGGAAAAAAAGCUUAGAAGAAUCUAAAGGAGACGCCCUUCCUACCAAGCCUCCGACGAGCGGUUAUAAUCUGUUCUGCAAAGAGCAGCUGGCCUCCAUGGAUGGCGUGGCCAAAAAAGGCUACGUGAGCACAUGGGCCAAACGAUGGCGCAAGUUGAGCGACGACGAUAAAAACGACUUCCACAUACGCUGUAAAAAGAUGAAGAAAGAUUACGCAGUGGAGCUGAACAACUAUUUAUUGAGUUUUGACAGGGACGAGCAGCAGAGGAUUCUGGAUGAAAAUGGCAUCAAAAGACCAAAAUCUGUUAAGAACACUAAAUUGCCAAGAAGGUCUGUGAAGAAAUACGUCGGUGAGCCAAAGAAGCCACUGUGGUCAGGAAACAGCAUUUUCUGCAAAGAGCAAAUGCAGCAAAUGAAGGAGGAGAUCCCCAAUCCUAUGGAGCGCUUUAUCCAUGUCAGCCGCAUGUGGAACCAGCUCAGCGACGGCGACAAGAGUCGCUACAAUAGCAAAGUGAAAGAAAAUGUCAGGAAGUAUGCUGUGGAGCUGCAAGAGUGGUUUAUGACUUUGACAGCAGAAGAACAGGAUGAGUACUGCACAUCAAACUCUAGUAAAUGUUAUUAUCUCAAUAUGGAUGGAUCAAAUAAUGACACUGAGGAACCAAGCUUGCAUCGACCAUCAGAUUCUGAAGACGAGGACAUGGAGGUGAGCAGCAGCGAUGAAGAUGAAAGAUAUCUAGACGACAACGAGGAGGAGGACAUGAUUGGUGACGCCACCUUUGAUAUGUUUUAGACGGAUAUCUCAACUCUGUGCAGUAAUACUACAAUUUUAUGUUGUAUUUACAUGAUGUGUAUUGUUAAAAAAAAUAAUAACUGACCAUCUUCAGGGGAUUUUAUAUGUAUGUAUAAUGUUGCACCUACUGUCCAGUUCACCUUUUUGUGCUCAUGAUUUUUAAAAAAUAUUUUUGAUUUUUAAUCAUUCGAGAAAUGGAAAACAUUUGUGAUGGAAAUAA